UAAGUUUCAAUAAAUUUCCCAUAGGUCGACGAGCUCGGCGAUCUGACAGUAAUGCCUGCUUCCGGGGUUGGGCAGCUGAGCGCUGGCCAAUUGUUUGAACACACAACUCUGUUUUGGUUAUAUUUUUGGAGAAUAAUGAGUGGUGAAGAUUGUAACCCUGCAGCCACACCCACCCCCUGUAAGGACACACAGGGAGACGAUCGAUGGAUGUCAUUGCACAAUCGCUUUGUGUCAGACAGUAAGGGAAAAGAGCCUGAUGUUCUGUUUGUUGGCGAUUCCCUCGUCCAGCUUCUGCAUGAGUUUGAGGUUUGGAGAAAAUUGUUUUCUCCUCUUCAUGCCUUGAACUUUGGAAUUGGAGGAGAUGCUACACAGCAUGUACUAUGGAGACUCAGUAAUGGGGAACUGGACCAUAUCAGCCCAAAGGUGGUAGUAUUGUGGGUGGGCACUAAUAAUCAUGGUCACACCCCGGAACAGAUCUGUGGAGGCAUAAUGGCUAUCAUCAAUGUGAUUCAUAAGAAGCUGCCUAAUGCUCACACUCUUAUAUUGGGUGUGCUGCCGAGAGGUAAGAGUCCAAACCCGCUUCGUGAGCGUAACGCGAGGGUGAACACUCUAGUGCGGUCUGAGAUGGCAUCCCUCAUGUCUCAUUUCUCAUUUCUGGAUGUGGAUCCUGGAUUCGUUCAGUCAGACGGUUCCAUCUCACAUCAGGAUAUGUACGAUUAUCUGCAUCUCACACCUCACGGCUAUCAGAGGGUGUGUGAGCCGCUACACGAACGCAUCCGGUCUCUGUUAGAUAAAUAGGCCCGCAAACACGAAUACAACAAUAUUCAACACAGCCACCCUGUAUUGCACAUUACCUGUGUGCUAAACAGAGCCCAUGUUAAUACACCCUCAGGAAAUUCAUGACUGUUUAAAAGACACAGCGUCACAUGCUUGUCAUUACAUUCCUUGUUUUACUAAAAAUAAGUCAUUGUAUUUGUUGUGAAUUUGGAUUAAUUCUCUAUAUGCAAAAUGGUUAGGACAUUCUAAAGCUCUGCACAUACAUCAAAAGGACCGCCAUGACUCAGCCUGGUAUAUUCUGGUUUAAUGAUGAUAUAUUGUUAUGAUAUAAUCUUUAACCUCUGAUGCGUGAUGGAUAUUGAAGUGUACAUAAGGGCUACCUGCUGCUAUCAUGGUUAAGGUCAUGACAAAUUUCCUUUCAUGUUUGUGUAGGAAACUGAACUAAAGAAACAUUCUUUAUAGCUUUCAUGACAAUGAGAACUAUCUGUUUAUUUGCUGAAUCGAUCAAUAUCAGUUCUCAUAUACAGCUGUUCCUGGGGCGGUAUCCUUUCAAAAAGUAAACGUUACACCUCAAGAGCGCAAAUGCGUGUAUGUACCUAAACUGUACAUGUCUGUACCUUUUUAAAGGCCCUGUUCCAGUGACAGCAUUUGUACCUAUUUUCUGAGAGUGUACUUUACUGUAAGAACUUUUCUGAGAUGUUUUGCUUCUUUCACCGAUGAUUUGUUGUAAAGUAUUGAUUUAGCCAUUGUCAGUAAUUUUGUAUACGUUGUUAUUUUGGGAGCAAAGUGGGUCUCCAUGUCUUUGUUUUUAUGUUUUGGUUCAGUGUUUUAUUUUAGUUUAUGGUCAGCAGUUCUUUUUUAGGUAGAGACAGCAGGUGACUUUUAUGUACCUUUGCCUCUGGGGUAUUUGAAAGAGUUACACGAUGUGAAUGAAAUUGAAAUAAUCUUGAAACUAAAGUCAAGAGUGAAUGCUCUUUCAGUUACAGUACAUCUACCCUCAAUUUCUAAUAAACACUAAAUUCAAAUGAUAGGGAAACUAUCCAGAUUUAAUUUCCAGGGGUGUUAAAACUGCAUGUUUUUAAGUGAUGGCGAGCACAUUGUCAUUCUCUUACAUAUGGUUUAUCUGCUGCUCUGUCCCGGUGUUUGAAAUCAUACUUGCCUUGUCUUUAAGCAUGUUUGUGAACAUUGUUCUCUUCCAGUAAUUAAGUGAUGGUCUUGCAACUGCAUCCCUUCUAUUUGAUGUAGUAUGAAAGUCUAGUACUGUGAUAAACCUUGCUACAUUCUAAAAUAUCUCAUAUCUCAAUGGAAUAAAAGCUGAGAAACUGGUUAAACCGUA